UGAAUGUGUCGGUAAAGCUAACGCUUUGCUUCCUGUUUUAUAAAAUGUAGAGAAACUAGACACAAGAGGCAUCAUUUGUAACUGGUCUUAGUUUAAAAAUGAUUUUAUUACUUUGAAAGGAAGGAUAUUUAUCCAGCUUUUUGGAUUGUAGGUGAGAUUCUGUGAUGGAGGACCAUGAAGGUGGUGAUGGGGUCCAGGAGGAGCAGGCCAUGCUGUGGUCCAUCCAGGAGGCUUUUGAGAGGCAGACCCUUCAGAUAGGAGCCUCGGCGUGCGGGGCCACGGCGGUGCUGGACGUGUUGAAGGCUCUCGGUGUGGAUGUGACACCUGAGGAGGCGGACAGGUGCGUCCAGACUCGACUGAGGAGGAACGAGUCUCCGCUGCCAGACUACCUGCUGUCCCGGAGUGAAGCCGGUGCGACUCACGCUCAGCUCAUCCGAGGAGCAGAGGAGGCCAGCAAGGGGAAAGUCAUGGGUCGUUUCUUCCACCUUCACCCUCGCCGCCUGGUCGGCCUCUUCCCCUGGCUCGCUCGCUGGAUCCGAAAAGGUGCUGUUCCCAUAGCGACCAUGAACAUGCAGCGGGCCGUACCCGAGGGCGAGGAAGUGCCCGAUGCCUGGCACCAUCAGCUCAUAUUUGGCGCCACACCGAAUGCUGUUUUCAUGACCAAUCCUUUUGAUGUAGUGAGCGAAGGAGAGCUGCACGAGAGACUCUGCAGUGAAUCUGUGCUGCUGAUUCGCCGAGAGGACGUCCUGCAGCGAAUCACAGCUGACUGCUGCCUGUCCACUUUAUCUGACCCGCAGUGGACGACUUUGGACGUAGAGGGUCAAGUGAAGCAGAUGAUUCUGGAAGAGGAACAGGAAGAAGGUGGAGCCAAGUUAAAACACAUCACCAUCCCUGCAGCGUACAGUUCAGGUGUCACAUUUUUUGCUCUACAACAGUCUGAGUUAGCACAAGAACUCCUCAAUGCUCCUGAGCUCUCUUUGUUGUGACUGGACGUGAAGCUCAGGAAGAUUUAUUCAAUGUGAAAUAACAAAUAAAAGUCAAAGUAAGACUCUU